AGCCCCUCCCUGCCGGCCUAGCCCGCCCGGAAGUGGCUGCGGAGUGGCGAUGGGGCUGGGAAGAGCCUCUGGUCUCAUGUUUUCCGGGUCCGCUCCACUUCCGCCGUCAGUGCUGCCCAGAAGGUGCCGGGAGAGGGGGAGCCUCUUCCACGUGGGACAGCUCAGUGAGCCUCAAGCUACCUCUUGGUCAAGGCCCUGCAGACUUGAGAGGGAAGUGACUGAUGGCCAGCCCGAGGUCCAUCCUGCCGUCAGGGGCUCUCUUUGCCCAAAGGAGACUGCUUCUCUGCUUGGCCCGGGAUUCCCAGAGGCAUCCCCAAGCGUCUCUGUCCUCAGCAGGGCAGGGAAUCCUCACCCGGGCAGCCUGUGAGCGUAGCCGUGGAGCGCAGUCAGGCCGAGACCUGGAUGCCUGGCAGGAAAGGUUGGCAGACCAACUGCUGCCUCUCUGGAGACUUAACUAUGAUGAACAACUAAAGGUCAAGUUUGAAGUGACAAAGAAGACCUUGGAGCAGCUCCAGAAUCGUCUCCUCAAGCUAGGCGCUGCGGUGGUGGAGGCCCAAGGCCUGGGAGCUCUCCUGCAGCCUUUCAUCCCGUCGCCUGUCAUCAAUGGUUAUAGAAACAAAUCUGUCUUCUCGAUAAACCGGGGCCCAGAUGGUCACCCGAGGACAGUGGGGUGCUUCCUGAGAUCCCCCGGAGGAAAGAAGCUGUUCUGUGUUCCUGCCGGCCAUCUGAGAAAUCUUCCUGCCAAGCACCAUCGGGUCGCUCAGUGCUAUGAGGCAUUUCUGCUACAACCCCCCCUGGACCCCAGCCUUGACACGCGCGAGCUCGGGCCCUGGCGUCGGCUGAGAGUGAGAACCAACAGCCGAGGACAGGCGAUGGCCAUCAUCACUUUUCAUGCGCGGGGACUGAGUGAGGAGGCCGUCUGUGUUCAGAAAGAGCGUGCCAAGGAGUUCUUCACGUCAGGACAGGGAUCUGAGUGUGACCUGACCUCCCUCUACCUGAAAGAGAGGGUUGCACCUGGCCCAGGGCUCCCUGGCUUCCACCGCUACCAGCUCCUGGCAGGGGAGCCCCACAUCUUCGAGGACGUCCUGGGCUUGAAACUGCGUAUCUCUCCAGGGGCCUUUUUCCCCCUGAACACAGGUGCCACUGAGGCACUCCUUGGAGUUGUGGCAGAGCUGGGCAUGGUGGACCAAAGCACAACCAUCCUUGACCUCAGCCACGGCACAGGUGCCAUGGGGCUCUGCCUAGCUCAGUGGGCAGCCCAGGUCCUCAGCGUGCGGAUGCUUGGGCAGGCUGUAGAGGAUGCCAGGUGGAGCGCGGCCUCCAACGAGAUCACCAACUGGGAAGGCCAGCGGCAGGACGUGGAGAAGGUCAUGGCUCGGCUCAAGAAGGUUCAAGGCUCCAGUGGGGCGCUGGUGGCACUGCUGGACCCGGCUGGUGCUGCACUGCCUCACAGGGUCAUCCGUGCCAUCCGGGGCUGCCCAGCCAUCCAGAAGCUAGUGUUCGUCUCUGGCCGGCCCCAUGGGCAAGACAUGGAGAGCUUCCUUCAGCUGUGCUGCCCUGUGCCCCCCGGCCAGGAAGUGCCCCCCGGCCAGGAUCUGCCCGGUCAGCCUUUUGUGCUGAGCCAGGCUGUGCCCGUGGACACGCUCCCACACACGCUGUCCUCGCAGCUGGUUCUGGCCUUCACCCGCUGACUCUUGGCCAGAGGGGCCUCACACCUGGCUCCCCUCACUCCCAAUAAAUGGCUGUGGACAUAG